GACAGCUGGGUUCAUUUACCCUGGGAUCGCUGAGAGUGAACCAUUCCAAAACACGCAAACUAUCUGGGGACUGCGAAGCCAACAUGAGCAGUGGGUGCUGUGUAUUUGUCCUGUUCUCCCUCCUCCGUGUCUCGCUGAGUGUGGAAAUGACAGGGUUAUAUGGCAGCUUCACCUCACCCAACUUCCCCCAGCCAUACCCUGACAACCAGCUCAUAGCGUGGAACAUCACCGUCCCAGAUGGCCACAGGGUCAAACUCUACUUCAGCCACUUCAGCAUGGAACCCUCAUACCAGUGUGAAUAUGACUACAUCCAGGUUUUGGCAGAGGGCAAUGAAACCUUGCGGUUCUGUGGCGAGGGAGAGAAGAACUAUGAAAGCACCCCGAGGAACACCAUCAUCCUGUCAGCUGGGAACCUCAUGUCAGUGGUCUUUAGGAGUGACUACUCUAACGAGGGCCGAUUCACGGGCUUCCAAGCAUUUUACACCGCAGAAGACAUUAAUGAGUGUCAGUCCAAGAUAGACGGGGAGAAAGUGUGUGAUCAUCUCUGCCACAAUUACAUCGGCGGAUAUUAUUGCACAUGCAAACAGGGAUACUUUCUCCAUGACAACAAAAGAUCCUGCACAGUGCCUUGCCACAGCCAGGUGUUGACCAACCUGUCAGGAGUUCUAACCAGUCCGGGCUACCCGAGCCCGUACCCUCCCAUGAGUGAGUGUGACCACACCAUCCGUCUGCCGGAGGGCUACAGAAUAUUCCUGGACUUCCUGCAACCCUUCGAUGUAGAGAGACACUCAGAUGUCCCUUGUCCAUACGAUAUGCUGAAGAUUUCAACAGCUGGACAAGAGUAUGGACCCUUCUGUGGAUCAGUGCCACCAGGUCGCAUUGACACAGGAAGUUACCAAGUGCAUAUUUCGUUCAGAUCUGAUCCUAGUGGGAAAAACAAGGGAUGGAAGAUCAAGUACACCAGUACCAAGAUUAAAUCCUGAUGGCUUGUUGACAUAAACAUUGUAUACAGAUGGACUGGGAGCAACAUUAUCAACCUUUUCUGCUCCAGCUUUAUGUUUUUAUGUUUAUCCUUUAUCAACUCUUUCUAUCUUGAUUUCAUGAUUAUUUCUGCUUGACCUCUGACAUUAUGAAAGGAUCCACAUGAAAGGGUGGUGGGAGGUGACGGCAGUCAGUACCACACAUCUGUCUUACAGUGUAGGUAACUUAUUCACAAUUUUGGGGCCUUGUCACCCCCAAUCAGAUGGGCUGUUUCAACAUCAAGUGCAUCACGGCUACAAGUAUUUUUUUUCCUAUAUAGCCAUACUCUGCCUUUCUCUGCCUCUGAUUGGCUUACCCUAGUAUUCUUACCCUAAUCCUAACCAAUCUCACUCCUCUUGCCUAAACCUACUCAAACCAACCAACAAAUGGAAUAAAUACUGGCCAACCAGAGGGAGAGUAGGAAGGAUCAUGGGAAAAAAAACUUCGACGCCACAGGCAGUAGGUCUUUUUUUCCCCCACAUUUUUUUCCCGCAUUGCUAGUGGUAGCUUUGCAGCCCAGUAGGUGGGCCGGCCUAUCUGACAUUUGCUCAACUUGCCAGAUUGCCAGUCUGAGCAUGACAGUAUGUAUACCUAUAUGCUAUCUGAAAAUACUACACAAGGACUUUCACAUCGUAGCAACCUAAUACAAUUAACCCUUCACUAAGCCCCGCCCCUUUGUGAUGGUCCGUCAAGCUGUCGGAUUAAGCAUGGAGCCCACACUGUAACUAACUGCACAAAUUUUAUCACCUUUUUGGAAAAACAAAAAAGCGAUUCCAGAGAGAAGCAGACCGAGGGGUCUGCAGUCUGUGUUUGAAGGAUAUAUCCAGGAUGUCAAACUGACUCAGCAGCAACAACAGGUUAAAAAGACAAAGAUAGUUUGAAGCUAAAGACGAACUACAAAGGAAAACUUUGGCAAUAUUCAACCAGCUGUGUGUCAUCACAGUGUGUGCAGAUGAAUGGUGUUUGGCCUCCCUUCUGUGCUGACGCCAGCACCUGUUCAUCUGCACAUGCUGUGAUGACACAUAGCUAGUUCAAUAUUGACAAAGUUUCCCUGCUUCCCUUCACUGGUCCCUGGAGAGCAGGGUCAGUCUUCAUUCUUAGAAUCAUUAAAAAGCAAAAACAGUAUACAUUCAGUAGGCUAUAUCUUCAGUAGCUAGCUAGCUAACCCUACACUUUUCAGGGUUUGAUUUUGGUUUUGGAACAUGGAAGAAACGUAUAUCUUUUUCCAACCUCUCCAGGUAACGAGUAUCAUUAAUACACGACGUGCCCCAGACACAACAUUUAGCUUCAAAUCCACAAAACCAGCCUGAAAAUGAAGGAAAUCUGAAACAAUUGCAUUGGAGUCAAUGGAGCACAGCUGUGUUGUUGUCGGAUGCUGGUCUGAGCCUGCCUGAUGCUACGUAUGAUUGGUCAGUCUGCAUCUGGGGGUGGGACUUAGCGAAGGGUCAGUUAUACUGUUUGUGAUAUAGCUUUAAUAUUGUGUUUGAGCAUGAGGCUAGCUGAAGAAUUAACCUCAUGACACCUUGGAAUGACAUUGUGACACUAGUGCUAUCAAAAUACUCUCCAGAUCUCAAGGACUUACAUUGAUUGCAUCUAAUUUCUAAUCUAAUUGUCAUUGUUUUAUUUCUUUGUUUGCUGAGAUGCUGUUAUAAUCUCAACAGCACAA